CGCCCCCGCUACGCCGGCUUACAGAGGCAGGGCCGUGACGCAUGACGACGGGGUCACACGCCUUAUCUGUAUGCAGAAAGAGGUGCCGGGUGUACCGAUCUGACAGUUUCUGACCCUUAACCGCAAUUAACCGGGGAUAAUCUGGCUCAGCCUCAAACGGGCUUGUUUUGCACUCAACCAGAGCGCCACAACGCAGCCGGUUUGCAUGUGAUUUGCAUAGAUUUACGGCGAGCGGGGCUCGGCGUGAGCCUUUGCGAGCUCCCCGAGAAACGCUUCCGGUAUCAGGACUUGACCCGACCCAGUCCUUCCCAUCUCGCCGCCGCCGCAAAGCCCGCAAAGUUCCCGUAAGUCGGCCAGUUCCGGUCCGGCGAAGCGUCCAACGGCUUCUACAGCGGAAGUGGCGCAAAGGAGAAGUGUGGACUCCUUCCGGUUCCGGUCUCGCGAGCGCCGGUGUGGCAACAUGAAACUGCUCACCCACAAUCUCCUGAGCUCGCAUGUGCGGGGCGUGGGUACGCGUGGCUUCCCGCUGCGCCUGCAGGCCACCGAGGUCCGCAUCAACCCCGUGGAGUUCAACCCGGACUUCGUGGCGCGGAUGAUCCCCAAAGUGGAGUGGGCGGCGCUUGUGCAGGCAGCGGACACCUUAAACUUGGCCGAGGUACCCAAAGAGCCGACUGAAGGCUAUGAGCACGACGAGACGUUUUUGAGGAAGAUGCACCACGUGUUGCUUGAGGUUGAUGUACUGGAGGGCACCCUGCAAUGCCCAGAAUCUGGUCGUCUUUUCCCCAUCAGCCGCGGGAUCCCCAAUAUGCUGUUGAAUGAUGAGGAGACUGAGACGUAACCUUGCUAGGCACCACUUUGGUAUUUUGUGACUGUGUGUUUCUGUUGUAUGGUCUGUUAACUAGAUGUGUCAUGUGUGACCCCAAACUCCCCCCAGUGACUCACCGACCACCAUGUACUUGAGCUCCAUAGUAUAUUUUUUUUUUCUCAUUAAAGGUUCAAAACCAAAA